GAGAGCUCCACACAGAACUUUGAAGGGGGACAGGCACAGAAAAAGUGACAAGUCACAGGAAAAUUUAAGACAGAGGAGGGGCUGUUAACACCAGACACUGUCACUAAGGAGACAUUUCAAACAGGAGAUACAGAAGAGACACAGGGCAGGAACAAGACUAUUCCUGCUGGAAACAGUUCUCCUCUACACCAGUGAUCUCUGUUUUAAAACUGGAUAAUGACAGAGGAAGCAGAAGUGGAAAUCAACCCGUAUCCAAAGUCUGGAUCUGAGCAACAGGCUCCGCAGUUUCUACGAGAUGUCAUCUUCCACGGCAAGUUCAAGCUGCUGAAGGCUCUAACCCCAGAGGAAAACACCCACUGCCAGAAUGGCCUCUUCUUCCAGGAUGGCCAGCGGCGUGUUGACUACGUUCUCACCUACCCUGUGAAGAAACCAGGUGGAGGCCGCUCCAGUCGGCAGUCAGUGCAACUACUUGCUGAAAAUGCAGUUGCCUGCAGUCUGCGCCGUGGCCCUCACAACGGUGGCGAAGAUCUCCGACAUCACCAAGCACAAAGGGCAGGAAACCCAUCAUGCCCGCAGUCACUGCCGAUGGCAGACCUGGAGGGAGGAGCCCUUAAUGGCCACGAGGAUCACAAGGCAUUCCGGAGGGAAGAGUUCGAAGGGAAACUGAGAGACAUGGGGCUAGAGUUGGAGAAAGAGGAAGUUACCAAGAUUCCAGGUGUGGGCUUUGUGAAGAUUCAUGCUCCCUGGAACGUUCUCUGUCGAGAGGCUGAAUUCAUGAAGUUAAAGAUGCCCACCAAGAAGGUGUAUGAAGUCAAACAAUCAAGCGGUAUUGUGGAGAAGAUCAGCUCUCUGGUCAGUAAAGUUCUGGAGCCCCUCCACCCUCAAGUUGAAGAACAUCAACCCAAGAACAUCAAACACCUGUCACACACUUUCUCCAGGGAAAAACAACACUUGUUUGACCUCUCAGACAAAGAUUACUUCUUUGACACCAAAACCAGGAGUUCAAUAGUAUUUGAAAUACUUAAAAGAACUAAAUGCAAGGCCAAGUACAGCAUGGGUAUCACCAGUCUCCUUGGUAGCGGUGUAUAUACAGCAGCUUAUCCUCUUCAUGACGGGGAUAUUAAUGAGGAGAGUGCAGAGCCCAAUGACAGAAAGCUUUUGUAUGAGGAGUGGGCAAAUUACAGUGUGUUCUACAAGUAUCAGCCCAUCGGACUUGUGCGGAAGUACUUUGGUGAGAAGAUUGGUUUGUACUUUGCCUGGUUGGGUCUGUACACCCAGAUGCUGAUUCCUGCCUCUGUAGUGGGGGUCAUUGUCUUUCUUUAUGGAUGUGCAACAGUCGAUGACAACAUACCAAGCAUGGAGAUCUGCCAUCCAAAGAACAACAUCACCAUGUGUCCUCUGUGUGACAGAGUGUGCAGCUACUGGAAACUUAGUACUGCCUGUGGAACAGCCCGGGCAAGUCACCUGUUUGACAACCCUACCACUGUUUUCUUCUCUAUAUUCAUGGCUUUGUGGGCUGCUAUGUUCAUGGAGCAUUGGAAGAGACGGCAGAUGAGACUAAACUAUGAAUGGGACCUUACUGGGUUUGAAGAGGAGGAGGACCAUCCCAGGGCUGAGUAUGAAUUCAAAGUAAUGCAGAAGUCUCUGAGGAAAGAUAAAAAGUCACAUCACAAGAUGGAAAAGCUCACAUGUAGAGACCGCCUCCCCGCCUACAUGGCUAACAUUGUUAUGAUGCUGUUAAUGAUUGGUGUUACGUUUGCCAUUGUGUUUGGUGUGAUCCUCUACCGGAUUUCCACUAAAGCCGCCCUUCAUAUGAGCUCCAGUUCGAUUACAAGAAACCAUGUUCAACUGACAGUGAAAACCACUGCAGCCAUCAUCAACCUGGUGGUCAUCCUCAUACUGGAUGAGGUAUAUGGAGCUGUGGCACGAUGGCUUACUGUGUUGGAGAUUCCUAAAACAGACAAAAGUUUUGAAGAACGUCUGAUCUUCAAGACCUUCAUUCUCAAAUUCUUCAAUGCUUUCACUCCAAUCAUCUACAUUGCUUUCUUCAGAGGAAGACUGGUAGGCAGACCAGGCAGCUACCUAUAUGUGUUUGAAUCUUACAGGAUGGAAGAGUGUGCUCAUGGAGGCUGUCUGAUGGAGCUGUGCAUCCAGCUGAGUAUCACCAUGUUGGGAAAGCAACUGAUUCAGAACAACCUUUUUGAGAUUGGAAUACCCAAACUGAAGAAGCUGAUUCGAUUCAUUCGGUCAAAACAAGGAGCUUUUCAAGAAGAAGAGAGGCAGAAGAAGCUGCAGAGAUAUGAAACUGAUCACUUCCUGGAACCAUUUGCUGGAUUAACUCCUGAAUACAUGGAAAUGAUCAUUCAAUUUGGUUUUGUUACAUUGUUCGUUGCAUCCUUCCCCCUGGCUCCACUGUUUGCUCUGCUCAACAAUAUAAUUGAAAUACGACUUGAUGCCAAGAAAUUUGUGACAGAGUUACGAAGACCAGUGGCAGCAAGAGCCAAAGACAUUGGUAUAUGGUACAACAUACUAAAGGGGGUAGCAAAAGUGGCUGUCAUCAUUAAUGCAUUUGUCAUCUCCUUCACUUCAGACUUCAUCCCUCGGAUGGUCUAUCAGUACACGUACAGCCCUGAUGGCUCCAUGCACGGAUUUGUCAACCACACGCUGUCCUAUUUUAACGUCAGCCACUUCCAGGAGGGCAAAGAAACCUUGGAUCCAUUGCAUCUUGGUUACCCUGUGGAAAUUUGCAGAUAUAAGGACUACAGAGAACCUCCUUGGUCAGCCACACCAUAUGAGAUCUCAAAGGAAUUCUGGACAGUCCUGGCUGUCCGACUGGCCUUUGUAAUUGUUUUCCAGAAUAUUGUGAUGCUGAUGAGUGACAUUGUGGACUGGCUAAUCCCAGACAUCCCAAAAGAUAUCAGCCUGCAGAUCCACAAGGAAAAGAUUCUUUUGGUGGACCACUUCAUGAAGGAAGAGCAAAGGAAGAUCCAUAUCCUUGAAAGCAGGGUGUCAACAGGCAGCAAGGAGGUCUUCAGCAGGAGCAAUAACAACAUCACCACAAUGACUCACUCAUGCUCUCAACUGCACACCAAAUGCACAAAAGCUUCUAAUGCCAGUAACGAUGUUUUCAUAGUUCAGUCUUAGUUACAGUUUCAAAGCUUGCUAGUAACUUGCUUGCUUAGGCCAACCUAAAUUCUGUGUCCUUGUUCAUGUUCAGAACAUUCCAACAACUGGGAGAGCAGCUGGCCAAUGAGGUGUGGCCAAAUGUGUUGCACUGCGCUUUGUGUACAAUGUACAAGUAUGCAGUCAAAUUUGUGAAUGUGUACAGGAGUCUGUAAAUGUGUUUUAAGCUUUGCCAGCAUAGAGUGAUUUAAGAAUUUCUAAAUGUCAACAUAUGUACAAAAAUGUGUACACAAAUCCCUACUUGUGCUUUAGAUUUUUACGUGUAUACCAAUCAAAAAAUAUGUACCCAAACAACUGUUUAAUUGAGUCAAAGAUCCAAAUGAGAUGUUUAGCAAGCUUGCUGCCAAUUAAUGUCUGGACAUUUGCCAUUACCACAAUUUCUCAUUUUACUUUUUCCUGAGACUAAACCACAGUUCUGAUUUGUAGUCACUAGAAAUGGUGGCUAUGAUCUGGCAGUGAAUAGAGGUCUGAGCUGGGCUUCUACAGUUGAGGUGGAUGAUGAGCUGGCUGGUAUGGCUGUCUUCACUCUGCAGUAAAUGUCAGAGGAACAGAGGGAAGGAGAGAGGGAGGAAGGCUGUGAACUUAUCAGGAGUGGAAGGUGUGACACAAACAGAUUGAAGACAAUAGCUUUGGAAAUUUCCAAGAUCAUGUAGCUCUGAUUUUUUUCUGGGCAACCAUUCUGUAGAUUUUCUGGGCUGUGGGUGAUAAAGUGGGCUCGUAGUUUCUCUUUGAAUGAUUUUUUUUUUAACAAUACCACCAUGGCAGAACAGCACACACUUUGCCUAACCUCUGCAGCAUCUGUUAAUUGGCAGCAUGUAGAAACCAAAUUGACUGUGGUCAUAUUUUGUGUAUCUUGCUCCAGGCCAAUGACAGCCCAUAACAAAAAGAAUCUGUGGUGCAGGGGAAUCCCUCAUCUUUUUUUUUUUAACCACAAUCUGCCACAUUUUUAUCAGUCUAUCCACCUGUAGUGCAUGCAUCUAGAUGGCUUUGUUAAACCAUUUAUUUUGACCUUAUAUUCUCUUGUUUAUGUUAGACAAGUAGGUAAAGUUUUGGUUUGUUGAUUUAGCUAAGUUCUUGUUUGUCUUUUUUAAAAAUCUGUUUGUUUAUUAUUUGGUUCACCCUGAAUCACGCAUGGACAGAAUUUUCAGUAUUUAAGAAAUUCUAAAUAAAACACCCUGUUCAUUGAUAGCCACUGUGCUGAGGCUGAAGCACUUUCCCAUUUGUCUUUUAGAAGCAGAUUGUGCAAGAACCGCGUUGUCUGUAGUGUCAUUUUAGGAUUAUGGUCACUGCAGCUCUAUGGUACUAUGGUUUGUUCUGUACCUCCUGAUUACUGCUCCAGCUAAUAUUGUCAUGCUGAGUUUUGACGUUGGGGUCCGUAUUUUUAAUACAGUCUUUCUAGUGUAUUUGUUUUUGAUUGUUCAUAAGAGGAAUUACUCUGUCGUUAACUUCGUAGUAAUGUAAUUACUGAAAAGUGAUAAAAUUAUGAAUCAUUUGACAUUUUAAACAUCCUGCACAGGUAUGUACGUCUCUUGUUUACUGUAUGCAGUUAACAAUGAUGGAACAGCAGAAUUACUGGUGAUGUGCAAUUGCGUUCUUCACAUAAAUAAAUAAGUGAUUUAAACAGCAGCAGGUCUUCAAGGCCAGAGGCGCCUCCAAGGGGGAAGUCUCACUGGGCACAAUUGUGGGCACCCCACAUCUGAAGUACAAUCAGUGCAACUCCAAUAUACAAAUUUCAAUGAAAGCAAGUACAGUGUCCAAGUGCAAGUGAAAGCAGCAUUCAUCAUUGUAGUGACUAUAUGGCCAGCAGCCAGUCCCCUGUGCAUCUGUCCAUAAACAUCAGAAACUGUGCAAAAGAUGCAGUUUGUGUCUUUAGUUGACACAGAUGCACACAGAGAUCUCAAAAUAUUAAUAUGACCUGAAUUCUAGUUUGUUACUUCCAGCUGUUUGUAGGAGUCUUUCUUUUAGUUUAUUAAAUACUUGCAAUAUCGAACAGCAGCAAGAACUAUAUGAGCAUCUCCAAAGAGAGACAGUUGUGAGCAUUUACGCACAACACAACACGGCAGUAACUUCAAUAGUCACUUAUGAUUCAAAAUUAUUUUCAACAUGGACAGAGGACCAGUCAGAAUCUAACAGUGAGUGGGUUCUUUGUGUGUUUUUUUUUUUUAAUUCUUUUAAUUUGAUUUUCUUUUCACAUUAUUGCCUUUUUUUUAUUUUCCCCCUUUUUACAGUGUACUUUUCUUCAGCCCAGACAUGUGGACUGCCAUUCACACUUGCAGCUCAUUGGUUACAAUUACAUUAUUUGUCAUACAUUUAAAAAAUGAGCUCCAUCAAACCUGGGUAGUAUUUUACAGUAAAAGUGUGCUUUAUUUUACUAAAGUCAGAAUAUUUUUCUGUUGUAUCAAGAUUUUGUAUUUGGAAUUUUUUUCUGUUUCACAGCAGAAUAUUUAUUGCAGUGACAAUAUCAUGCAUUACAGAAUGUGAACCUCUGUAACCAUUAAAUGAACUACCAAAUUAUGACAAUAAAUGGCUCUGUAACAAUGAAAACACAUUUUAUUGUACCAGAAUUGACUUUAGGGUGAGGGUGAGUGGACGGGCUGCACAGUGGUGUAGUGGUUAGCACUUUCGCCUUGCAGCGAGAAGAUCCCUGGUUUGCGUCCCGGCUUUCCCAGGAUCUUUCUGCAUGGAGUUUGCAUGUUCUCCCUGUGCAUGCGUGGGUUUUCUCCGGGUACUCCGGCUUCCUCCCACAGUCCAAAAAUAUGCUGAGGUUAAUUGGUGAUUCUAAAUUGCCCGUAGGUGUGAGUGUGAGAGUGAUUGUUUGUCUCUGUAUCUAGCCCUGUGACAGACUGGUGACCUGUCUAGGGUGUCCCCUGCCUUCGCCUGAGUCAGCUGGGAUAGGCUCCAGCCCCCCCCCGCGACCCUAGUGAGGAAUAAGCGGUGUAAUGGAUGGAUGGAUGGAUGGGUGAGGGUGAGUGCCUGAGUAAAUUUUAUUUUCAUUUCGGGCACUUUAGUGUGGUGGUGGAGUCUAGGUGACUUAGGGAGAAGGCAGGGGACACUCUGGACAGGUCACCAGUCUAUCACAGGGCUACACGGAGAGAAAAACAAUCACACUCACAGUCACACCUACGGAGUAUUUAGAAUCACCAAUUGACCUCAGAAUGUUUUGGGACUGGGCUGCAUGGCGGAUGAAUGGUGAGCACCGUCACUUCACUGCAAGAAGAUCCCUGGUUUGUGUACCGGCCUUGGGAUCUUCCUGUGUGGAGUUUGCAUGUUCUCCCUGUGCAGUGAGGGUUCUUACCAGGUUCUCCGGCUUUCUCCCACAUGGGUCUUUUAAUUUCCAAGACUUAUUUUCUAAUGAGGGUGUGUCGUUACGCCACACAUUCAGCCCAAAGCUGUAGGAGCAAAAUGGACAUAGCCAUUAUGCACCCACCUACACUAGCCUAACCCCUGAUUGCGUCUGUCAAGUCAUUGCUAACAAAGUUAGCUUUCAUAAUCCAAUGUAAACUUAUAUACAAUUGGCAAAUAUUUCAUAUAAAAUGCAAAACGUACGUUAGUGGUAAGUAACCCCAUUUCUAAAAGGGGCAUCUAAAAUCUGUUAAAGUGAUGGCAUUCUGUCAUUCAGACAGGUCGCUAAUGUUCCACAGGCUUCUUCUAAACAAACCCCUACCUGUGCUGGAGAGAGUCAUGGUAUGCAUGCCAUAGUUUACAUUUAUGCAAGAUCAGAUAAUAAACCUAGCAAUGUAUAAUACGUGGCAAUGCCAAAACAAACUAAAGAUUAAUUAUAAACUACUAGCAACCUAUCUAACUGACCAAAUAAAUAACAAGUGUUUUUUUUACAACUUGCUAAAUACAGAAAAAUGUGCCCAUGUGUGAUCAUAAUCUAAUUACUUUAUGAACAGUGAAAUUAAAAAACAUCACAAUAGGUGUUAUUUUUUAUUUAUAGAGCUCAUGAGUCAACCUGAGGACAGCCAUCCUGUAAUGCUUUAACUGUAACGUCUACACUGACUCUGACAGCCCAUCUGUCUGAUGUGGUACACAGUGUGACUUCAUGUCACAUCUUCAUCCAUCCUAUAUAAGUAAUUAAUUCUGUGACUUGUUUCAUGUGUGUAAAUAUACAUAGCUCACUCACUUUUAUGCCUUUCUUAUGAAUGCCAUAGAAGAGAAACAAAAAGGGGGAAUGACAUGCAGUAAGAAGCCAUGGCUGGAAUUGAACCUAGGCUGCUGUAGUGUGGCUUUUCAUCUUCAUACAUGGGGUGCAUAGUGAGCCAGCUGAGGUACCUCUGCUGUAAUACUCCUUGCAUAAAGUGUCUACUAUGACUUUCUUCUGAGAACAUGACUUGAAACCACUUUUGUCUUAAUAUUUAUCAUGUAUAUAACAGAUGUUAAAAAAUAAACGUGGUCAUACUCUGAAUUCAACAAA